UUCAUUUGAUUCUGCCAUGCAUGGGCUAGGUUGUUUUCUGAGCUAUGGAUAUUGAGACCCAGAAGCCGAAAGUUCUUAGGCUUGGCAAAUGGUUUAAGAGGAAGCACAAGAGAGAUGGCCCGUUUCAUUUGAGGGAAGUUUCAGAUGGAGGCGAGGAUGAGGGUGAUGAUUACCUGGAUAGUGUUCUCUUUCGGUCAAAGGAGAUGGCUCCAUACGUUUCGAUCGAUGAAUUAAGGAUCUUUGUGGGUACUUGGAAUGUUGCUGGAAGAUCUCCUAUAGGGAGUCUAGCUGUAGAUUUGGAAGAGUGGUUGAAUCUCAAAGAUGCUGCCGACAUGUAUGUUCUUGGAUUUCAAGAGAUCGUACCUUUAAAGGCCCGACAUGUAAUAGGAGCAGAAGAUCCAACGGAAGCGACAAAUUGGAACAUGCUUAUCGGAAAAACCCUCAAUAACAAAUACGGAUGCCCUUGGUUGGUGCCGAUGUUGAAUAUAAUCUCGAGUAACAGUUAUCACUAUGCAGGAAAUCCCGAUUCGAGAAGAAAGAAGAGUGUUAGCAACCUUAAUGGGAAUCCAUUGAGAGAGAGACCAAGGAAUCAACACGACAGGCUGAACGGGAGCGGUGACCAGUACAAGCUAAUAGCAAGCAAGAAGAUGGUCGGAGUCUUUGUAAGUGUGUGGAUGAAAAGUGAAUUGCUCAAGAAGUAUUGCAUUUCAAAUGUGAAAGUUUGUUCGGUUGCUUGUGGCAUCAUGGGUUGUUUGGGAAACAAAGGUGCGGUUUCUGUAAGCAUGUCUAUCGAAGGAACUAGCUUUUGCUUCAUUGUUGCCCACUUGGCUUCCGGUGAGAAAAAAGGUGAUGAAGUUCGAAGGAAUUACCAAGUCUCAGAGAUUUUCAGGCGAACUUCUUUCACUCGAUCCCCACAAAACGACAUGAGUUCUCCCCCUCUCACCAUCUUAGGACAUGACCGGAUACUCUGGCUCGGGGAUCUCAACUAUAGGCUAUGCUUGGAGGACAGUUUUGCCAGGCAGCUUAUAAAGAAGCAAGACUGGAGAGCAUUGCACGAGUUUGAUCAGCUCCGAAGGGAACAAAGAGAUGGAAGAGUAUUUCAAGGUUGGAAAGAGGGUAGCAUUGAUUUUGCGCCCACGUACAAGUAUUCUUCCCACAAUUUUAACUGUUACUCAGGUGGCCUUCCAAGCAGAUCUGGAGAAAAGCAAAGAACUCCAGCAUGGUGCGAUAGAAUUCUAUGGUAUGGGAGAGGAAUAAAGCAACUAUCCUAUUUUCGUAGUGAAAGCAAGUUCUCCGAUCAUCGGCCUGUCUCGGCACUAUUCUCUACACAGGUAAAGCCGUUAAGUCUACCAGUACAAGAGUUGUUGCAAUGCACACCAUUUUUCCCACCAUAAGGCCUCCCAAACAAACUGGCCCAAGCGACAGAUGAUGAAGUGGCCAGAUCCACAUUCCUAUUGUUUGUAAAGGAUGUAGAGGCAUCAUCAGUACAAAUGCACAACUAUAGAUCAAAUAGAUGAGAAUGGAUACAGCUGGCCUGUGUGGCUGCAGGCUGGCUUGAUGUGCUAUUUAUUGUCUUGCAGCCUUCUUUCCCGUACCAAAUUCUCUGUUUUCUGCGAGUCUUAUUUGUUUGCAAUGGAAAUUAGGUCUGAUUAAUGAGAAGUCUAGUACUGCAAUUGUACAAAUGUAGUGAGGAAUUAUCUAGCAAAACAAGUGUAUGAAGAUUGGGAUUCAUUGAAAUGUUUAUGAAAAUUGACAAA